CCCCAGCGCUGGAUUCUGGUCACCAUCCUGCGGCCCCGCAGCCCUCGCCGUAUCCGUGGACCGCGACUCCGAGAGCACAGCUCCCAUCCGGAGGGCCCCGUCGCUCGGCUUUCAAGGCUCUGAAUGGCCAGUGAAGAGAGAUGUUCAACCUAAUGGCCAAUUGUUGCACCUGGUUAAAACGGUGGCAGGAGCCUGUCAGGAAGGUGACAUUAAUAAUGGUGGGUCUUGAUAAUGCUGGGAAAACUGCUACAGUCCGAGGAAUUCAAGGAGAGUCUCCUGAAGACGUAGCUCCAACAGUUGGGUUUUCCAAGAUUGACCUUAAACAGGGACGCUUUGAAGUCACCAUUUUUGAUUUAGGAGGUGGAAAACGAAUUCGGAACAUAUGGAGAAAUUACUAUGCUGAGUCAUAUGGUGUAAUAUUUGUUGUGGAUUCUAGUGACAUUGAAAGAAUGGAAGAAACAAAGGAAGCCAUGUCUGAAGUUUUAAACAGCCCUAAGAUAUCAGGGAAACCCGUGUUAGUGCUGGCAAAUAAGCAGGACAGAGAAGGAGCUCUGUCAGAAGCAGAUGUAAUUGAGACCUUAUCUCUGGAAAAGCUUGUCAAUGAACACAAAUGUCUGUGUCAGAUUGAACCUUGCUCAGCUGUCAUGGGCUAUGGGAAAAAAAUUGAUAAAUCAAUUAAAAAGGGUUUAUAUUGGCUUCUGCAUAUCAUAGCAAAAGAUUUCGAUGCCUUAAAUGAGCGCAUCCAAAGAGAUACUACAGAACAAAAGGCAUAUGAGGAACAAAAGAAACGAGAACGAGCUGAGCGAGUGAGAAGGAUACGAGAAGAAAGGGAAAGAGAAGAAGGAAGAAGUGUACAUGAUGAGGAGGACCCUGAGCCUGGGAAUUCUGAAAACCCUUUCCAGCCUAUAGCUGCAGUAAUCUCUGAGAAUGAAAAACAAAUUGAGAAGGAAAAGAAGCGGCAAAGGUUGGAGACUGAAAAGGCGACUGUUGUUUCAACAUCUCAAACAGAACAGGAACAAGUGGAUGCCCAGCAAUUAUCAAUUAACGGUAGUCAAAAUACAAAUGGCACCAGACUAGAAACAUGCAAUUCUACUACUGCACAGCAUUUGCAGCAUGAAGAAAAUGAGCAGCAAACCUCAGAAAGCCUUGACUCAGAUAACAGUAAGAAGAAAAAUAAAAAAACAAAAUUAAAAAGAGGCCACAGAGUAGAACCCAUUAAUGGAGAUGAUGCAGUUCCCCCAAAUCCUACACCACCAGCAGCUCUUCCACCAGUUGGAUGGGGAACUCCUAAACUUAAUAGACUUCGAAAACUCGAGCCUCUUGGUGAAACACAUCAUACUGAUUUCUAUGGAAAACCUCUGCCACCAUUAACUGUACGCCAAAGACCAAACAGUGAUGCCCAUGAUGUCACUGCUUAACUGGAUCCCAGAUAACAAUGAAAAAGCAUUGUCAAGAAAUUGUAUUGUAAAAUGGGUUUUGUCCAUGAAGAAAAAUUUUUAAAAUGACAGUCUAUGAGCUUCUUGCAAAGUAAAAAUUUGGUAACAAUUAAACACAGAGUUCAUUCUGUUCUACUUUGUCAUUUACUUUUCACAUCACCAGCACUUCAGGGUGAAGAAAGCAUGAAAGCAAGGAAGAUCUGUGUUUUCAUGGAAGCUCCUAUGAACACAGUACGGAAUACAUGUUGGGUUUACUUGUGAAAAUCCAUAGCUAUAAACCCGAAGAAAAAUACCUUCAAGAUGAUAAAAUAUUGGAUUGUAUGUUCUCUUUGACACCUUUCACCAGGUGCUGUGCAGUGGUUGACAUUUUUGCAGCUAAUAAAUGGUUCUAAUGCAUUUUUUUUAUGUAUGUUAGGGUGAAUAUAGGCAGGUUAAAUAACAAAUAUCAAGUAUAUUUUUCUAACUUUUUAUAAAACUAUUUGAAAAUAUAUGUGGAUUUUCCUACCUACUAUCAAUAAAACAACACCCAGAAAGCAUUAGAAAGCUGAUACCUAAAUACAUGCAAGUAAAAUGUGUUUGGCUUAACAUUUUUCUUACAGUAGCAAUAUCUCUUAUUAGGGAUUACAUUACCUUUAUUACUUAUUUCUGGCAAUCUGAAGGGAGGUAGGUAGAAAGGGAACUUUAAUAUAAAUACAUUUUUUACAAAAUUAAGCUAUUUGAAUCACCUGAUUUUUUUCUUAUACAUUGUUUUAGUUUUGUUAACUGAGUUGGGUGUAGGUAAUAAGUUCAGUUUGAAAAAUAGAGCUGAAUAUUGUUUUGUCUGUUACGACAUACAAUCAAAUUGCACACUGUGAAAGUUUUGCACUAAUUCAGUCAUCAGUUCUGAUGAAAAACUGAAUCAUCCAAUAUGCGUUUAAGCUCCAGCACUUUUUAAUCUCAUUAACAGUAAAAUGCCAUGUUGAAAAUAAAAGAAUCUCCAGAAUUUUAAGAAGUUAUAUAAUGUCCCUGUGUAGUGUUUUAAUUUUACAUUUAAAAAGAUCAAAUACAAGGAAUAUGUAAAACAGGUUAGAAAUGGUUAUGUUACGUGGUUACUGACAUGCUCUAUAUGCCGUCUUUCCUUUUACUUUCGACGCAACCAUUGGUAUAUUAUACAAAAGUAUAUAGCCGUGCCACUUAGUUACAAGGACAGAACCCUUAUUCAGAGUCUUUUUAAGAAGUGCUCUUUGCUGAUUUUCCAUUCUGCUCUCAGUUUUCCAUAAAGUGAUAUUAUUUAAUGAUUGGAGAAGAAAUUACAUUAAUGUGAUGCAUUCAGCACUUUGACGUUAGAAAUCUUUGCUGCAUACCCGCAGUGUCAAUAAGUUACACAAAUAAGUAUACCGUAUUGAAAUGACACGAUUAAUUAAGAUUUUAAGAGUAUGUUUGAGUGGAGAAAAGAAUCAGUCUUAAAAAUAUGAAGUUUAAAUUGGGUAGAGAGGAGUAUUCCAGGCUUGUAAAUUUGGCAGACAGACAAAACAAUUUGUAUGUGGCUGUCAGAAUGAGAACACUUUUCUUAUAUUCUAAUAGUGUAUUAUGGUUCAGUUUGAUGAUUUGAGAGAGUUAGUCAUUUUCACUUCAAACAAACAUAUUUACUGGAGGAAGGAUUGAAUAUUUUUUUAUAAGUACAAUCCCAAUCUUAACCAAUUUUAAUCUGUUACCACUUCAUUAUUUUGGCUUCAUUAUUUUGACUCCAUUUUUGCUUCUUUUUUAUUUAUUUAUUUUUUUUUUUUUACAGUUUCAGUUUCUAGAAAUGCAUUACCCUUUUAUAUUAACACUAAUAAAAAAUAAAUUAAUUGAAGUCUUUAUUAAAAAAAUAAAGCUAAAUACUGCUGUGGAAACAAAAUUUGAGAAACUAAAAGGUAAGAUGUUGUUACUUAUGUGUGGAAUGUGUGCUAAGCGUCUUGUGCGUGUGGACAGGUGUAUCAGUUUUGUUUCUGCUUUUAAAAUAAUCUGUACCAAUAAAUGACCAAAGUACUAAAAA